AUGGGCCUCUAUACAUGGGCUCAGAUAUACACCAACAGGACUAUACAGUAAAAAGAGACAACUGAGGAAAACAUGCCCAGCGAUCACUAGACUAGAGUACUACCAUGGCAGAGCUACUGUACUAGUGACCGAAAUACAGGGCCAACCGAUACAAGCGAGCUUCCUAGCCCCAACCGAGGAAACUGAUUGAUAUUUUGUUACAGGCUCGAUUUAACUCAUUUAUUUUAUUGUAUAUCUUUUUACAGCUCAUUGUUAGGUCCCAUGAAGGACCAGAUGCAAGGGACCAGCGUAUUGAUCUUUCAGGAAUGAAUAAUGGAUUCACAAUUGAUCAUCAGGUGAAUUCUGGGAAGUUGAUUACUGUUUUCAGUGCACCUGAUUAUCCACAGUUUCAGGCUUCAGAGGAACGGUACAAUAACCUCGGAGCAUAUCUUGUGCUCCGUGCUCCAGAUUUUGCCACACCAAUGUUCUGCAGCUUUGAGUCUGUCUGUGAAUCAAAAUCAGCAAUGCAUGUUUACUACGCGCCCAGAUUUAGGCAACAAUUUGACAUGUAUCUACCUUUGAUGCAGGCGCCUGCAUACUACGACUCCAAGGAAGUGAUGGACUCCGAUGAAGAACUUGAUUAUUCUGCCAUGGAUCGAGAUUGAAGAUGCAUGCAUCACGUAUUCUACUUUGCAGAAGACCGGUCGUUCUCACCACUGCAGAAGACCGGAGGACUACCCCCUUUGGCCUUUGCAGCAGAAAAUGGGACACUGGUCACCUCGGGACUGUACAGGAUGAUCAAUGCAAGCAGAGACCCAAGUCAGCAGACAAAAAACACUUUCUGGAACUCGAGAGCACCACCCCGGGUCCAAUUCUUCACCUGGUUGCUCCUACAUGGCAGCCUACAAUGCAAAACAAAUCUCUUCCAGAAAAAAUAUCGUUGAUGUUACUUGUGAUCUUUGUACGGGGCACCUGAGACUGUGGAGCAUUUGCUGUUCUUCUGCCCCUUUUCAGCGUCCUUUUGGGAGCGUCUGGGCGUCCAAGUGAGAUCGGAUGCCACCGAACGCGACCAGCUCCAUCGCCACAGGCCGGAAACUCUGUCGAUGGCUCACUAGACACCUUUAUCCUGCUGUGCUGUUGGCAACUGUGGAAGCGGCGCAAUGUGGGAUUGUUUUCUGGCAGGAGAUCAUGUCCCCCGCAACCAUCGCCCAUCAGUGGAGAUUCUUACGACGACCGGGCUCUGCUAUGUUGGGCGGCGCACGGAUCAUCGGCGCUCAGCGCGUCGAGGAUCGGAGGAGAAACAGGAACAGCGGCCGAGCGCGAUUUAACGGCCACAUGAGGCGCAGGGAGUGGACGGUAAUUCAAACACGGUCCACCCGGUCCGGUCGCGGUCGGUAUCUUCUUUUAUUUUAGGGUUAAUUGGAUUGGUACCAUUACAAUUUUCACAAAUUAGAAAUAUACUAUUAUAAUUCACCAUAUUGAAGAUA